AAACCAAACAACACAAUUAUUGGCUUUUUGGGGAACGUGAGCAUGCCCACAUGAUUUGCCCAAUUCCAUCAUCUUCAAUCUCUCUCUCUCUCUCAAUUGAUCUGGUCUUGAGACUUUUGAAAUGAUCCUUCACUUUCUAGGCUUUGAUCCAUCUAUAUCUCUGUUUCAAAAGGUGAUUGUUAUAUGAGAAAGAUACUUCUUUCAAUAAUACCAUUUUAGUUUGUUUUGUAGGUUUUGAAAAAUGGAGGAAAAACUGGCGAGGAAAAGGCUAGUGUUGGUUCCAAUUCCAGCACAAGGACAUAUAUCUCCAAUGAUGCAACUUGCGAAAGCUCUUCACUUGAAGGGUUUCUCAAUCACAGUUGCUCAGACCAAAUUCAGUUACUUUAGCCCUCAAGAUGACUUCACUGAUUUUCAGUUUAUCACCAUUCCAGAAAGCUUACCGGAGUCUGAUCUCGAGAAUCUCGGGCAAAUUCUGUUGGCCCUUAAGCUCAACAAAGAGUGUCACGUGGGUUUCAAGGAAUGUCUGGGUCAGUUGUUGCUGCAACAUGGUAACGACAUCUCAUGUGUCAUCUACGACGAGUUCCUGUACUUUGCAGAAGCUGCAGCUAAAGAGUUUAACAUCCCAUCCGUUAUUUUCAGCACAACAAGUGCCACAGCUUUUCUUUGCCGCUCUGUAUUCGACAAGUUCUUGAAUGAGUUUAAAGAAAAGCAAGACGAGCUAGUGCCGGAGUUUCAUCCCCUGAGGUACAGAGACUUUCCGGAUUCACGUCGGGCACCAUUAGAAAGCAUAACAGAGCUGUAUAGGAACGCAGUUGACAAACGGACAGCUUCCUCAGUGAUAAUCAACACAUCGAGCUGUCUAGAGAGCUCUUCUCUGUUUUGUCUGCAAGAAUCACUAGAAAUUCCGGUGUAUCCUAUAGGCCCUCUUCAUAUGGUGGCCUCAGCUCCCACGAGUCUGCUUGAAGAGGACACGAGCUGUAUCGAAUGGUUGAACAAGCAAAAGCAAAAUAGCGUGAUAUUCGUGGGUUUGGGAAGCUUAGCUUUGAUGGAAAUCAAUGAAGUGAUGGAAAUGGUUUCGGGAUUGGCUGCUAGCAACCAAAACUUCUUAUGGGUGAUCCGGCCAGGGUCAAUACGCGGUUCGGGGUGGCUAGAGUCCUUGCCUGAAGAGUUCAGUGAUAUUGUUUUGGAUAAAGGUUACAUAGUAAAAUGGGCACCACAGAAAGAAGUGCUUGCUCAUCCUGCAGUAGGAGGGUUUUGGAGCCAUUGUGGAUGGAACUCGACGCUAGAAAGCCUCGGGGAAGGAGUUCCAAUGAUCAGCAAACCGUUUACCGGUGAUCAAAAGGUGAACGCGAGGUACUUGGAGUGUGUUUGGAAAAUAGGGAUGCAAGUGGAAGGUGAUCUAGACAGAGGAGCGGUAGAGAGAGCUGUGAGGAGGUUAAUGGUGGGGGGAGAAGGAGAAGAAAUGAGGAAGAGAGCCGUCACCUUGGAGGAGAAACUAAGACGUUCCGUUAGAAGUGGAGGUUCUUCACACAACUCGCUAGAGGAGUUUGUCAACUUCUUGAGGACUCUGUGAAGAAAAUUAUUCACCAUAACUUGCCAGUGAAAACAUAAGGUUAAAGCAGGUUGGUCAGCGGAUGAAUGGCUUGGGUGGAUAUCAAGAAAUCUUUGUAAUUUUCUAUUCUAGGAGAAUCUUACUUUUCAAGGAAAAAAAAUCAAACGGGUGACACAAGUGAAAUGAGGAUAAGGUUGUCACUGAAUGUGUGAUGUCCAGAGGAUAGUAUAUUAAUGGAAAUGAUUUUUUUUUUCUUUUUAA